CUGCCUCAGGCUAAGGCUAUGUCUUCUUCGACAGCCUGAUCUGGCGUCUUGAGCGAUACUUGAUUCACGAUGAAACAAACUCGCCCAGUAUGAAUCGCCUUCCUUUGGAACUCAUUAAUAAUAUAAUUAGUCAAUUGGAUGAUGAUAAAACGCUAUAUUCAGCCAUUCUCUCUUGCCGAUUCCUAUUCAAUUCACAGAUAUCCCAUCUGUACCGACUAAAUGCUGACAACUGCAGCAGCACAAAUAACGAUUUGGAAGCUCUUGGUUGCGGUCAUUCUGUUCACGCCUGUGACUGGGCAUCUCAAACUGGCCAACUUGCCACACUGAAGAGAGCAAAAGAUGCUGGGAUCACAGUUUGCGAUCUGCAGCGUCUAAAAUGGGCUGCUGAAGGUCGGCAUGCUGCAGCGUUUCUGUAUCUCUUGGAACAACUGGACGCGGCACUAGACGUCAACUCACGUUUCCCAGACAAUCAAACACUUCUAGAGUGCGCUGUUCUCUCUGGAAACUUGGAAAUGGUGAAGCAGCUCGUAGCCAUCGGAGCCACCAUAGAGUUCGACCCUAACCAGGAGAACGCAUUCCAUCUAAGCGUGCGACAUGGACAUAGAGAUAUCACUCGAUACUUUCUCGCUCAACACAUAGAUCCAUCUCUCAGAGGCCCCCGUGACAUUACUGCGCUACAUAUAGCCGCAGUCCUCGGCGAUACGGAGACAGUGGAAUGGCUUCUUGCCGCGGGUCUCGAAGUGGAUUGCAGAUAUAGGAGAAAUCCCUAUGACGAAUACACGGCAUUAUACGAUGCAGCUGCACACAACCAUGUAGAUGUUAUGGCCGUGCUUCUCGAGCAUGGAGCUGAUGCUGCGUCUACUCCGUACGGCGGGCUGAGUGCGCUGCACAUCGCCGCACGCAAUGGCCACACAGAAGCAGCCAGCCUUCUUCUUGACCAUGGUGCCAAUAUUGAUGCUGUGGAACGAUGCAGCACCACGCCUCUCCUGGAUGCAGUUAGUAACAAUCACCUUGCCAUGAUUGAGCUGCUCGUUGACCGCGGCGCAAACAUGUCAAAGGGAUCCGUCAACUGGCCGGCACUUGCCUUGGCGGUCAAUGACAACAAUGUACUGGCCGCGGCUCUUCUCCUUAAUAAAGGUGCAGACAUCGAUGAGACGGAACAGAGAAACUUGGAUCGCUUGACUGCGCUGCACAUUGCGUUCCGGAAUCGCAAUAUCGAACUGGUUGAGCUGCUCCUGAGCCACGGAGCAAGCACAUCUAUAAGAACGCGCCCAGGAUAUACUGUUUUGCUACAAGCCAUUGAGGUGAACGAGUUCGAUAUGGUCAGGGUUCUACUCAACGGCGGAGCGGAUGUUGAAGAGCGGCACAACGAUGACGACGAAUCUUUACCACUCAGCGUCGCGGCCUGUAAAGGAUACAACGAAAUCGUCAGUCUUCUUCUCGACCACGACGCUGAUGUCGAGGGAAAAGAUAAGUACGACUGCACAGCAGUUGCAAAUGUCGCAUCUACAGAACACGUAUCCACCAUGCGCCUUCUUCUAGAGAGAGGGGCCGAUAGCAGAGCCCGUGCAGCAUCGGGCUACAAUGCGCUGGUAGUAGCAGUAACUAGCAAGAGGAUCGAAAUGGUCAGGCUCCUUCUGCAGAACGGCACCCAUGGGCCACAGCCAAAACAACAGGCCAACGAUGCCUUCUUCUGGGCAUGCAACGCGGGCAAUAUGGACAUGAUCAAGUUGUUUCUGGAAUACGGAUGCGAUCCCGCACGCGACGGUCUAGCAACGGGCGACUUGCCUAUACAUGCAGCUGCGAGAAGCGGUAACAUUGACUUGGUUGACUUUUUCUUGCAGCAGGACGGAGUAGACCUAGAUUCCCGCGACUGCUUUAUGCGAACGCCACUCUUUCACGCCGCAGGGAAGGGCAAGGUCCAAAUGGUGAAGCAUCUCCUAUCAAAGGGCGCAGAUCAUACCGCAAGGGAUAUAUAUCACGCGACGCCGCUCUUUGUAGCUAUGCGCCACGAACACCAUGAGUCGCUGGAGCCUCUAGUUGCAGCGUGCCCCGAGUCUCUUUUCUGGAUAGAUGCGCUGGGUCGCACACCUCUACAGUGGGCAGAACUGACUGGUCCUCUGCAUCUCAUCGCCACCGCAAACAGUCUGCUGAGAGAAUAUGGCUUGUUGGCCCGCACUCCAGAGAUACAAGCCCCCUCGCGAUGUCCUUUGGCAAUACCCAAAGAUCCAGCACACCACUCGUGUGAUGUAUGCACCCGCGAGGUUGAACACUGUACCUUGGCCAGGCAUUGUACCAUCUGCAGCGACGAUUCGUUCCUGAUUUGCCGCGACUGUGCGAACAACGGCAUGGUGUGCUUCGAUGCUGCACAUAAAGAGAGCAGUUGGACCGACAAAUGUAAACAUUGCAGGUUGUGGUCAUAAGAAACCCAAACAGUAAUUUGUUAGUAUUGAAUACAAGCUUGCGGUGUUUCCUAUCGACUGGCCCUCUUGCAGGCAGAGGAUAGCCAGCAGGGUUCUUGCUCAAAACCUGCUCAAAAUUCCAAACGCACGAAUAUGCACGCUACUGUCACACGUAUUACUAUUCAUGGAACGAUAUAUCUGCUUCGGGUAGCAGAUUUAGCGCAUGAGGUUGCCAUUGGGUGGCUGUGAGCAGGUUUGCGGCGAAUAUUGGGCGGUAAACACAGCACACGUGCCCAUGCAGCGGCGCGACAACUUUUAAAACAACUGUAUUUACGAAUAUAUAUGAUUUUAUAUCUAUUAAUAUAAUAUCCCAAUAUAAAACGCUAUAGCC